AUGGCAUACUUGGAGAAGGGUCUUUGUCAACCAUAUGGACAUGAUUUUUCAAGAAGAUCGAUGGAGAAUGAUAAUAGAUGUUUUCGAAAAGAAUGGUUCUCCGAAUUUCAUUGGUUGGAAUACAGUAUAGAAAAAGAUGCCGCAUAUUGUUUACAUUUCUAUUUGUUCAAACCCGAUAGAGGGGGUCAAGGGGGUGGCCAUAUAUUUACUAAGACCGGCUUUAGGGAUUGGAAGCACAAAAAGACAUUGAAAGAUCAUUUCGGUCUCUUGGAUAGUGCUCAUAAUCAAGCUUUUGCAAAGUGUACCAACUUGAUGAAUCAAAAGGAAAGUAUCUCUUAUGUUAUGUCUUGCCAAAGUAGUAGUUAUAGGACCAGGUUGAAUGCGGUGCUAGAUUGUAAUAGAUUCCUCUUGAUGCAAGGAUUGUCAUUUCAUGGUCAUGAUGAAUCAAAAGAGUCUCUUAAUAGAGAAAAUCUAAUUGAGUUACUGAACUCGUAUGCAGCUCGUUGUAAAGAAAUUAAAGAACUAUUAUUCAGUAAUGCUCCUGAAAAUGACCAAAUGACUUCACCAACCAUCCAAAAGGAUUUGAUUAAUUGUUUUGCAGUAGAGAUGACAAGGGUUAUUAUCCACGGUGAUUCUUUGUUUUCAAUUUUGGUUGAUGAGGCUCGUGAUAAUUUUAUGAAAGAACAAAUGGCAGUUGUUUUGAGAUUAGUUUAUAAAAGUGGGCAAGUGAAGGAGCAUUUUUUGGGUAUGUCCCAUGUCACUAAUACUUGUGCCCAAUCAUUGAAGGAUGCCAUUGAUGCAAUGUUUUCUAUACAUGGGUUGACCAUAUCUAGCCUGAGAGGUCAAGGCUAUGAUGGACUUCAGUUGGCAAUUGUAUCUGCCACACGUAGGAAUGAUAUGCUUGGUGAUUUGUUUGACGUACUUGCUAUUAUUGUGAAUUUGGUUGGUGCAUCAUGUAAGUGUGUAGAUGCUCUUCGAACAUGUUAUCAAGCUAAUAUUUUGGAGAAGCUUAAUACUGGGGAACUUACUAGUGGAAGUGGUCAGUUUCAAGAAAUGAGUUUGGCAUGCCCAGGUGAUACUAGAUGGGGCUCACAUCUACUAAAAAUUACUUGUUUCAUUAAUAUGUUUAAUGCUAUCAUAGAUGUUCUUGAAAAUAUAUUAGCAGAUGGCGUACAUUCAGAUAAAAAAUCUUCGACCGUAAGACAGAUGAACGCUAUGCAAGAUUUUGAGUUUGUGUUUAAUCUCCACUUUAUGUUUGAAAUUCUUGCAAUUACAGAUGACCUUUCACAAGCCUUACAAAAAAAGGAUCAAGAUAUUUAG